AUGGCAGACGAUAAGAGCACCAGCAACAGCAGCAAAAGUAGCAGCAAUCGCCAAACAGUACAACCUUCUGAAUUAGCAAAGGCAUUUGCACCACGCAUUGAAGUUGCAUCGCUCGCCAUUAGAGCCACAGCUCAAACGUCCCUUUUUCCAGACCUUGUGUCAUCCUCGCCCUAUCAUUUAACUCCACUGGAUUAUCGACGACGGCCCUCAUCGGCUGGUGCCGGUUUACCAACUACUACAACAUCCAAUGCCACAGCUCGUCCUUCGUUUUCAUCACCUUCUCUUCAUGUCGGUGAUAUCUCUUCACCUUUCACUACAUCACCAUCAACACCACAACCACAACCACCCCAUUCAACCACUGGAUCCGGUAAACGAGUCACCUUCAGCAGCGACAUUGACACUAUUGAAAUAUGUGGAGAUGAAGAAAACGAAGACGACAACUUGAUGGAAUCAACAGACUCUGAUCUAGAGACACAAGAUGACAGUGAUGAGGUUUUCAGUGCAGGAGAUGAUGAUGAUGAUGAUGACGAUGACGAUAUUUUACUUGAAGAACAAGAUGAUUCAAUGGAAGAGGAUAUGGAUAUGGAUAUGGAUGAUGACAAAGAUGACGAUGAUGAUAAAGAUACCUUGGAUCAUCAAGCACCACCCGAUACAUCCACAGCUGCUUCAUCUUUGACAACGCCAUCUUCCACUACAGACCCACCUUCAACACCAUCACCACCACCACCGCCACAACAACAACCAACAGCAACAUCACAAGAAGACCCCGCUACUCAUGCCGCUACUGCUGCUGUUCUCCGACUUGAUCCUUCCAAAAUUAUCACUGAAUCACGUAAACCACAGCACAAAGGUUAUCGCAUAUUGGGAGAUGAAGUAUUGACUGAAUUGGUCAAACGCAACAAUCGAUCACCUCAACAACGAUGGGAUAGGAAUCGCCCAAUGCCAUCAUUAUUACAUCCACCACUACCACCAUCAGCUCCUACUGCCAAUAAUUUACGCUCCGUCGAGUCGCAGAUACGUGAAGCUAUUCUCAGGACAAAAUCCCAUAAGCGCACUCAACACAACGACACUGUCUUGCCACCCUUUUCCUCUUCUUCCCUUGCUGGCGAGUUUGGUUCUUCAUUACUCGAUGAGCUGGAUCGGAUUACAGCACACCGUGAUGGUUUUAAUGGCUCAAUGGAUCACCUGCCAACACGCUAUACGGAGCGCAUCACUUCCAAAGUAAUCUAUGCCACCGUCAAUGAUCAAUCCACCCAUGAUGAACAACAAUCUUCUACAACAACUGAGUCCUCAAUACCAUUGCAGCAUGAACCCGUGUGGAAAAGUCUCAAGUCAUCCUCGUCACCCAAUCUUGCAGGUUCAAGAUCUAAUACUACUAGUGGAGGCGGUGGUCGGCUCUACAUUAAGGUGAUGGCGGCUGAAAAUUUAGAUUUUCCCAUUGAUAUAGCUGAAACGCCUUAUUUACGCUGUGUAUUAAGCAAUGGUGUUAUGGAAUACACAUCCGAUUACAUGCCAAUGCAUCACACUGUGGAAUUCAAUUGGGACUGUUCAAUCGACGUUAAACCUGAUUCGGAAUUCACUCUGACACUGCAAGUGAGUCGUCGGCCGCCAACAACUGAAUCCAAAAGCCAAUUACGAAGAUUAUUUGGAAAUCACCGAAGGCCAAGAACUGAUAGCAUUCUACGCUACGUCAAUCGACCUGAUGGUGCAAUUGCCCAAACACGUGUGUCAUUUGCAAGUAUCCAGAAACAAUGUCGACGGUGUAUAUGCACAGCUUCAUUUGCUUUGGUCAAUGGAUGGUAUCAAUUUGCAAGAUCAGGGUUGCUUCCCAAACAAAGGAAGGAUGAUGUGCCUGAAAAAGCGGUUGGGAAACUUACAAGCAAGCUAUUUUUCCUACCAGAGUCAUCGUCAGCGGGAUCUUUUCCGAUUACUUUUGAGCAAUGCGAGCAAGGCCUUAAUAUCCAACGAUAUUCGCAACAAUGUUGGCAAACCGGGUACAUGUCCCAAAUAGGAGGUGAUCUCAAGUAUUGGCGACGACGUUAUUACAGCCUACGUGGGUGGCGGCUCUUUUCGUACACCGAUACUAUACAUGCUCCAAGGACAGUCAUUGAUCUUUCGAGAGCCAUCAGCAUUACCGCGGAUAACCGUGUAGUUAGCCCAACAGCAGCCAUCAUUCCCGACAUAGGUAGCGGAGCAGAGAAUGAUCAAUUGACAGCAUCAUCAUCAUCAGCAUCGUCAUCAGCAUCAUCAUUAUUAAUGACGCCGCCACCACCACCGCCACCAUCAUCAUCAUCACAACCGUUACCUAGAGGGGGGAACGCUUUAUCAUUUGUCAGACCAUCUUCAAGCAUCAGUGUUGGAUCGGCGACUACGGCAUCCGAUGAUGAUAUAGCUUCUUGCUCGGUGAAAAACAGCUUCCGAAUCCAUUUUGAAACAGGCGACUCGAUUGACUUUUUUUGUGACUCGGCACUCGAACGCGAAAGAUGGCUUGAUGUCCUUAGCGUCAUUAUCGGCCAUGUCCCCGAAUGGCCCACUUGGAUGACAGAUGAGCAAAAUGACUGUAACAGUAGUAUACAAAAUCAGCCAAUGAUCCACGUGCCCCCAGCAUCCCUCUUUUCUUUAUAA